CUCUCUAAAGAGUAAAGACCUCUACCUAUAAGUAAGGCACCCCACCUUUCUUGUACCCAGUAUCCAAAUCCCAACUUUUCUCUCUUGUUAUUGCUUCUCUUUUUCCAAGCUCUGAUUUGCUUCACCUUUUACAAAGACAACACAUUUCUCAUACACCUUCCAGUUCCAGCCAUGGUUGCUGCUGGAAAACUCUCAGUGGUCGUAAUGGUACUAGUAGCCACCAUUUCCAACUCUGUUUCUGCAGAUCCGGAUAUGCUCCAAGACGUCUGUGUUGCUGAUCUCAAUAAUGCUGUGAAGAUGAAUGGUUUUGCCUGCAAGACAAACUUCAGCGCAUUAGAUUUCUUCUUUGCCGGUCUAGCAACGCCACAGCCCACCAACAAUACGCUGGGUUCAAUCGUGACUCUAGCUAGCGUGUUUCAAGUUCCUGGCCUCAACACCCUAGGUGUCUCCAUGAAUCGCAUCGACUUUGCCCCCGGUGGCCUUAACCCGCCCCACGAGCACCCACGCGCCACCGAGAUAUUGUUCGUUCUCUACGGAGAAUUGGAAGCUCACUUCAUUACCACAGCCAAUGUGCUUGUUUCUGUGACCCUCAAACAGGGUGAGAUAUUUACUUUCCCUAAGGGUUUGGUUCACUUCGAAACUAAUAUUGGGAAAGAACCGGCCGCCACUAUCUCUGGGUUUAACAGCCAGAAUCCAGGCCGCGAGGACAUUCCCACCUCGUUGUUUGCCGCCACACCCCCGGUGCCGGAUAGUGUGUUAAGUAAGACUUUCCAGAUAUCAUAUCAAGAGGUUGAUGCAAUCAAGUCAAAGAUUGCUAGAUAGUUCUAGAAGUGCUUUGUGAUCUGGGGUUGGUAUGUUAGUUUUCUUGUUUUUCUUCGUGUUGUUGAAUAAGAUUCAUGGUUUUAAGAAAAGAAAUAGUGGGUUGAAAAGUGAAUCGAUGUUUUCUUUGAGUCCAUUUACCUAUGUAUUCGGUUUUGCUUCUUGUGUUUACCGAGAAAUAAUAAGAUUGUUUUAAAUAA